ACACACACAUACAUGGCGAUUGGAAGGGCAGGUAGAAGCCUAAUGGGACCUCUCUUAAUAGUCAAUUUUGUGGUAUAUCUCAUUUUACUUGGACUUGCUGGAUGGUCCCUUGAUAAAUACAUCAAUGGCCAACAGAAUCACCCUCAUUUAGGAGGGAAUGAAGCAACGAGCUUCAUGUUGACAUUUGCAUUGCUCGGAGGGGUCGUUGGUGCUUGUUCUGUUCUAGCAGCUCUCAUGCAUCUUCGAGCAUGGUCCAGUGAUAGUUUAUCCAGUGCAUCUUCUUCUGCAAUUAUUUCAUGGGCUAUUACAGUCGUUGCUUUUGGACUUGUAUGCAAGGAGAUCACAAUGGGAGGACACAGAGGAAAGAGAUUGCAAACAUUGGAAGCACUUAUCAUGAUAUCAACAUUGAGUCAGCUGCUGUAUUUGUUGCUCUUGCACGCUGGCAUGUUCAACAGCAGGUAUGGACCUGCUUACCAGAUCUAGUUGUAGAUUUGGGAACCUCCAUGCCAACAUUUGCAAUGCCUAAAUAUGUUUUAAUUUAAUUCAAACUUGUUUGGAUUGGAGUUGCAUUAUAUGACCUUCAUUUUGCAUUGGCUUGUUCGAGAAACUUGUGUUUUUGCAUGGAAAAAUCAAAGCAUGUGUCAUUUAUACU